ACCACAAAACCUUGUCAGAUACAAAACAACAGAGCUUUGCAGAAAGCUAUUGUUUUAUUCACUGCAAAGUUUCUAAAUUAAAACCCAAUUUUCUUGCUAUGGGCACAGUCAUGCUUCUUUUUUUCCUUUAUUUAUUUUUCUUUUUUUCUUACCUGUUCUUACAUCUGCACACACCAGAUUCUUAAAUCUCUGAUAAUAUGAGCUUGAGUUAAACAGUCCUGGCUAACAAAGUAAAGAGAAAUAAUGGGAAAGGAACUGCGAAUGGAUUUUACUAUCUUAAAAAUAACCCAAAGGGAAAAUAGACAUUUUAGAAUGUCUUGUAGAAAUUAGUACUCUGGCGUACAGAUUGUGUAACAAUUUUUAGAUUAAAUGUCAGAAACAGAAUCACAUUCUUAAAAGGUAAAUUUCUGUAAAUGUGUGUAUAUGCUGAACAGAUGAGCAGCUCUGCAAAAAUGUGUAUAACUGCAUUUGAAAAAGACAGAAAAUUUUGGGUUGCUCUAGAUGUCCCACAGUCUGUCUUGGAAUUCUGUGACUAAAGGAGGCUUACCAUUGCUCCAGUUUUAGUUCUGUGGGGUACCCAAAUGUAAUCUGAAUUCCUAACAGUGCUCUGUCUUCAUUUUCCUCUUGAUGCACUGAGGCUGAACCAUAAUCAUUACCCUAACCAGGAAUUUGACCAGAGCUAGGGACUAGCCAUUGGGAUGGGGCAGAAAGGGACAAAAGAAAUCGGGAGGGAGGCUAGUGUUCAUUAGGGAGGUCUCUGCUGCUUGAAUAUGAUAAAAUCACAUUUCACUUAUGAUGUUUACUGUAUGUGGCAGCUCUUAUUUGUAAAUAGGGCAGGUCCCCUGUAUAAAGCUGGUGUUAUUAUUCACACCCAUAGAACAAACACCUCCACCCCCCUGUUGUUGUCUUAAAAAACUCCAGCUGCUCAUGAAUAUAGGGUCAGGGAGGGCCGGCUAAAUGUUUCUCUGUGCUUUCUCUCCAGCACAGCCAGCAGAGCUGUUUCCUGUUCUUUGUUUCAAGGCUGGGGUUUGCGUCAUACAUUCCAAGUGGCAUAUGUGUGCUCUUUCCUGUUUCAGGCUGUUUUCUGGUAGAUCAGUAGCCCAGAGCAGGCUGAGGUCCCUGCCCCUAAACUCCGUAUCCCCACCCAUGGAGUUAUCAUGUCUCUACACACUUGAUAUUGCUUAAGAUGCCUGUGUUAUGUCAUAAUGAGAAGUCAGUUAACCUUUUUACGUCCACCCUUUGCUUCACUGCAUUUGUCUGGGUGAAUACAUGGUUUUACCUUGUUAAAUUUUUCAUUGCCACAUUGUGAUUUGGGGGAAAUUUCGGUCUAUCUUGGCAAAGAAACCUAAAGGAGUUUUGUUUUUGUGAUUCUUGUGUUGAGGUGGUUAGGAUGUUUGUUCUAAGAUAGGCAUUUUGCCCUGAAGCUGUCAAUUUUGGAUCAGGAUUAACACCUUACAGUUUAGAAGACCUAGCAUUAUAUGAAAGAUGUGGCCCACCCUUGUUCACAUUAACCCAGGAUGCUCCAGGCGGCUUCGGUGGAUGGAGAAUUGAAGCAGUGUUGGCAGCCUGGGCUUAGUUGAAAGUCCUGCUUGUGUUUGGAAGAAGAAAUCUUUGGAAAAAUCAUUGAAGCAAAGCAUAAGACAUUGAGAAAAUCCCAGGAUUAUUUCUUUUUAAGGACAAAGAUUUAAAUAUCAGGAUAAUGUUUUAAGGACAGAAAUUUCACUGUACAAUAUUCUACAUCUCAUUUUCAACCCGUUCUUAAGAAUUAAGCUCAAAGAAAAGGAGAACUGGCAAUAACAAAUUCAUUCAGUGAUAGAUCGUUUGAAAAAUUUUAAUCUUCUAUUUUGAAAACAGAAGAAAAAUGCUCUUCUCAUUUUCUUUUUACAAUAACAUUUUUCAUUAUUUUUUAAAUAUUCUGUCAGUUGUGGGUUAAUGAAUUUCUGAGUUAACUAUUUAAGACCUAUCUUAAUAUUAUUUUUCUUUUGGUUCUUGAUAAACUAAGAUUUAAGGAAAUAUUUGGUUGAAAAAGAAAAGUUUUGGAAAGUUCUUUUAUAAACUUAUUUGGGGAUUUUCUUUUUUAAUCGAAAGGAAUAAUUUACAACGUUGCCAUGGAAUUAAUUCAGUGUUGCUGAAGCAGCAAAUCAGGCCCUCUGAUCCCCAAAAUUGAUGAUAACGAUGCUUUGGCUUUAAAUGUCACAUUCCACCACAUUCUUUAUGUAUAAAUGGAAAGUAUAAAAUAUGGUAUUAAGAGAGUUACUUGGAUCAAUUACUUGGCUACUGAUAACCUUCUAUGACAAAGGCCAGGAGUUUUGGAAGUCCUCACAAGUUCUUUCUCCUUUGGGAAAAGCAUCUUAAAAUACUAAGCUGACCUGCAAGACAAGAGGUUUUUAAGCUUAAAAUUCAUAAGUAAGUCAAAUGGAAGCAGGGUUUUUUUGUUUGCUUUGAUUCCAAAGUUGUUAACAAUCUAACUAGGUUUGGUAAACAGAGUGUGCAUUUGGCUUUCGGAAAACUCUUUCCUCUCCCUUUUGCAGGGAGAUGAAGUGGUUGAUAGAGGUGAUCAGGGCCUAAUAUAGUCUAUCAGAAAAACAUUCUGCAAGCUUUUAAAUGCUAAGCUGAAAAGUUGAAGAAAAUUAUACUAUCUUAUAGUUGCUAUAAUUACAAAAAAAUGGGAAUGAGUUUUAUUUGACCAUAUAAAUAAAUCCUGAUUCUUAAUUCCAUUGUGUCUCCAUCUCCCCUUGAGAACUUGCCUUCUUAAUAUUUUCAAAUCAACAUUUUUGCUAUAAAAUGACAGCUUUCUUGGGUAGUAUUUCUUGUUCUCUGUUUUCACACCCAGUUGUGUUUAAAAAAAAUAAAUAUAGGCAACCUCAUGUUUUAAGGUACUGAGAAUUAAAUUAUUCUGGAACGUGGACUCUCCGAAGUGCUUCAUUUAUCAUUGGUUCUAGCUUUUUUAAAAAAUAAAUCUGUAGAAUCUUAAAACAAUUGAUGUCUGGUUUGCUAGUAUGUGAUAUUCUAGUCAGAAUUCCUCUUGGAGGUGAGUUGGAUUAUGAUGGUCGCUAGCAUUCUCGUUUUGAAGACCACUCUGUUCCUUUCUUAGACCCUGUUUCUCAUCUUAAGCAGUCAUGCCAGAGCUGGAGACAGGAAACCAGACAGCAGUCUGCCCUGAUAAGGGACAGCAUUGUCUGAAGGGGUUAGCCCUACUUUUUCCCCCAACUCAACUCUCCUUCCUUGAAAUUUAGUAGUCAUAGAAGAGGCACAAUGCUGUUGACAGUUUCUGAAUUAGAACUAGGAUUAAUUUCCUCCAAAGCAAAAAAAAAAGUCUCCUCAGCCAGGUGUGGUGGCUCACCCCUGUAAUCCCAGCACUUUGGGAGGCCAAGGUGGGUGGAUCACCUGAGGUCAGGAGUUCUAGACCAGCCUGGCCAACAUGGCGAAAUCCCAUCUCUACUAAAAAUACAAAAAUUAGCUGGGCAUGAGUUGGGCACGGUGGCAUGUGCCUGUAAUCCCAGCUACUUGGGAGGCUGAGGCAGGAGAAUCACUUGAACCCAGGAGGCAGAGGUUGCAGUGAGCCGAGAUCGUGCCACUACUCUCCAGCCUGGGCAACAAGAGCAAGACUCCGUCUCAAAAAAAAAAAAAAGUGUCCUCUUAACUGGCCCUGUCCUGAUUCUGUUAUGUGGCCAUAUCCAAUGGAAUAUUUGAAAAAAAAAGAAAAUGAUCUGUAUGUUUUGUAUCUGUUGGCCAAAGUUUGUAGUAAAAUUCUUUCUUUAGCAAAACAGGUUCCUGGAGGUUUUUGAAAUUCACUCCAUUGUGUCGGCAGGCUGAAUUCAUUAUCAUUUCUCCAUCUAAUUAUUUGGAAGGGCUGGAGACAGAAGAGAGCAAGUUCAGUGGCCCUCUAGCCUAUGCAUUUCAUGUGACUCCUGGGUCUGGCUCUUAUCCUGUUUUCAGUAAGGGGUUGCUCCUUGAGGCAGGCCCUUUGCAGGAAGACCCAGAAUUGCCCUGCUUAGUCCAGGACAUCCUCAAGAUGGUUGCCAAUCUCUGGAAGGCUUGGGGAUCCCGCCAGGGAUGGCCCAGAGCUAGUCUUAACCCAAAUGAGUGGAGUUUGGCCAAAUCUUGACAUAAGAGAUCCAAUGGAUAUUGAGGUCAGCGGGUUCUACCCUGGAGAGCGACCUGUGAAUCAAGCGUGGGUUUUUUUUUCUCCUUUGGCCUAUAUGUUCUUUCUACUACUACUGUUGUUUAAGUGUAAUCACUGAGAUCCACUCCUUUAUCUUUUCCUGUACUUUACACCCCUGGUACCUUCCAAAACUUCACACUCCAAAGCCACUUUCAUUUAUAAGAUCAAGUUCCUGUUCCACUGAGUUUCCAAACAAGGGAGUUUUUCUCCUGGGCUCCCAAAGUUUCCACGUUUACUUUGCAUUUUAGAAUAUGAGAUGUCAGGCCAGCUUCACUAGCUGCUGGACAGCGUUUCCAUGUGGGACACCUGGUGUGCCAUCAUUCCAGGGCCCUUGCCCUUAAUUUGUCGUAGCAUGUGAGAAGUGUAGUUUGACAUCCAUUCAUUUAUUCAUCUCACAAGUAUUUAUUGAGUACCUACUUAUUAGAGCUAAUCUCAAAUUAUGUGCAAUCAUUACUCUGAGUUGUACCAUAGGAUGGAGUAGACCUGCAGUGAUCUAACCUGAAAAGGCAUUUUGAAAUCUUAAUUGCCUGCUGGAACCUCCCCGGCCCCUGCUUCCCAUGGGCCAGCGUGGCCGUGCACACCCACACCCUCCCUACUGGGGAGUGACCCCAGCAUGAGGAGAUGUUACCUAAAAGUCGGUCCCACAGCACAGGCUCUGAAGCAGAACAGAAAGUGCCCGGGUCUGCAGGCAGGAACACUUCUGUUCCUGGCUGCAGCUCCAACCAGCUUUGUGAAAUUGGGCAAGUCGUUUCACCUCUGUUCCUCCAUUUCCUCAUUUCUAAAAUGGGGAUGAGGACCUGACCCUUCCACCUUUGUACAGUUAUUAUAAGGAUUUCCGUAUUUACUUGGGUCAAGCUGCCAAUUUUUCUCAGCAGUUAUAUGGACAAUUGCAGGUGCACUGGCUAGGAAGAAUAAUUGCCUAAUUUGGGGCCUUCAGAAUAUGUCUUUUGAUCUUGCAUCCAAGUGUGCAUACUGAGACAGGGUGGGCAGCAAGGGCCAGUUGGGAGAAGUGGAAAUGGUCACUACCAUAAAUAGACUGUCCCCACGUUGUGUCUUCUCCAGGGACCAACCUGUUCACAGAAAUCACUAUCCUGCACUUACUGUGUGGUGUAAUGUCCUCUGUUUGGGGAGGUGGUAGAGUGAUGUGCCAAGGCUACCAGUCUUGAAGUCAGACUACCUUGGGUUCAAGUCCUGGCUCUGCAGGUUAGCAGCUGUGUGAUGUUGGGCAGAUUACUUGACCUCUCUGUUUCAGUGUUUUGUUUUGUUUUGUUUUCAGUAAACUGGGAAGGUAGUAACCACCUCAUAAGCAUUAAAUGACAGAGCUCAUGUAAAGAACAGUACCUGGUGGUUACCAAUCCUGAAGGUGGUAGUGAUUGGCAGGAAACCUGGGACAUCACUUAGCCCCUUGCUUUCCUUGACCCUUUUUCAAAAACCUGUGUUUGUGUACACACCCGUUCCCCCAGCAGUUCCCCCCCCCUUUCUCGCUCUCUUUUUUCUAUUUUAGAUUUUAAAACACAGUUGAGAGCUCGACACUAGACUUGUUUAGAAGACCUCACUGAGUAGAUAAAUUCUUUGAAGAUGGUACUGAUAAGGUCUCUGGAGUACAGGCCAUACACCAGAGCACCCUAGAAGGUUUAACUAAAAUAAUGCUCAUGUUUGACCCAGUUCCUGUCAAGCAAGAGGCCAUGGACCCUGUCUCAGUGUCAUACCCAUCUAAUUACAUGGAAUCCAUGAAGCCCAACAAGUACGGGGUCAUCUACUCCACACCUUUGCCUGAUAAGUUCUUUCAGACCCCAGAAGGCCUGUCACAUGGAAUACAGAUGGAGCCAGUGGACCUCACGGUGAACAAGCGGAGUUCACCCCCUUCGUCGGCUGGGAAUUCGCCCUCCUCUCUGAAGUUCCCGUCCUCACACCGGAGAGCCUCGCCUGGGUUGAGCAUGCCUUCUUCUAGCCCCCCGAUAAAAAAAUACUCACCCCCUUCUCCAGGCGUGCAGCCCUUUGGCGUGCCACUGUCCAUGCCGCCGGUGAUGGCAGCUGCCCUCUCGCGCCAUGGAAUACGGAGCCCGGGGAUCCUGCCUGUCAUCCAGCCAGUGGUGGUGCAGCCCGUCCCCUUUAUGUACACGAGUCACCUCCAGCAGCCUCUCAUGGUCUCCUUGUCAGAAGAGAUGGAAAAUUCUAGCAGUAGCAUGCAAGUACCUGUAAUUGAAUCAUAUGAGAAGCCUAUAUCACAGAAAAAAAUUAAAAUAGAACCUGGGAUCGAACCACAGAGGACAGAUUAUUAUCCUGAAGAAAUGUCACCCCCCUUAAUGAACUCAGUGUCCCCCCCGCAAGCAUUGUUGCAAGAAAAUCACCCUUCGGUCAUUGUGCAGCCUGGGAAGAGACCUUUACCUGUGGAAUCCCCGGAUACUCAAAGGAAGCGGAGGAUACACAGAUGUGAUUAUGAUGGAUGCAACAAAGUGUACACUAAAAGCUCCCACUUGAAAGCACACAGAAGAACACACACAGGAGAAAAACCAUACAAAUGUACAUGGGAAGGAUGCACAUGGAAGUUUGCUCGGUCUGAUGAACUAACAAGACAUUUCCGAAAACACACUGGAAUCAAACCUUUCCAGUGCCCGGACUGUGACCGCAGCUUCUCCCGUUCUGACCAUCUUGCCCUUCACAGGAAACGCCACAUGCUAGUCUGAAUGCCCCUGUCCUGCCUCAGCGUGACUCCCCACUCACCUGGCUCUCUCUCUCUCCUGCCUCCCAUUAGCUAACACAUUUUUUACAUGUACAUUUUAAUUUGAUUCAGCUGGUCUGAAUCUCUGGAUUUAUAUCAUCCAAAACUUCCAUAUGGUCAGUAGUAGAUGUUCUCUAAUCCUCCCUCUCCUUACCACGGGUCAGACCUAAAGAAUGUGAACACUUUUUUUUUUUUUUCUGGGGAUGCUAAGCAAACCCUUCUUAUAGAUACGUUUAAUGUAAUAAGAACAAGGGAACAUGUAAACUAACAUAACCAAU